AUGCGCUACUCCAUCCUCAACAGCCUCCUUUUUGUGGCUGUCUCCCCUCUGUCUGUCCUCGCGCUUCCCGUGGACCCCAACGACGUGGCCGGCCAGUGGGACCCCAGUGGACAGUACCGAAAGGGUCAGUGGCAGCACGGCGUGUUCGUUGCCAACAACGGUGAUGACCGCUACAACCAAAACAAUCAGAACGGCCAGGUUGACCAGAAUGGCCAGUGGCACGACAACAACAACCAGAAUGGCUGGACUGAUGCCAAAGGUCAGUGGCAUGCGAACAACGAGAACGGCCAGGUUGAGCAGAAUGGCCAAUGGCGGGACAACAACCAGAACGGUCAACAAAACAACAAAAAUGGCUGGACCGAUGCCAAUGGCCAGUGGCAUGCCAACAACCAGAACGACCAGAACGGCUGGACUGACGAAAAAGGCCAAUGGCACGCAAACGAGAAGCGCCGUGUGAACGAAGCUGGCGAUAACAAAGAAGUCAACACUCUCCACCGCCGUAGCUGGCGUGAGGCCGACAAUGACCAGAACAAUGACAACAACCGCAACGAUUACAACAACGUGAACUCCGCCAACAACGCUCAGGUUACUCCCAGCUCCCAGAACAGCAAGUAUCAGAGCUACGGUAACUACAAGAACUACGGUUCUUACCAGAACUACCCCGUCAACGGACAGAACCAGGAUCAGAACAAGGACACCAAGGCUGUCGCUGGUCAGCAGGAGUAA